AUGUCACCUCAUGAAACAGCCGAUUCUCCAACAAAGGAAGAAGAAACUUUGGUGUUUGGGAAAACAAUCACAAGAAAAGAAGCGAGUGCAAAUGCAGGGGGAAACCUAGUGACGGAUCCAUCAGCGCUUUCUACUGCUGCUGCCACUGAAGAUCCCGCGAUGGUGACAAAGACGAUAGCCUCCAUGGGCCGACCUGACAUAAUUUCUCUUGUGGAUUUGGAAGAUGAACAUGAUGAACACGACCUGGUUCCAGUGCACGAAUACUACUGCACUCCAAUCAACCCGUCGUCGAUAUCCAUUUCCAGAGUGAAAUCGAUGACCCCAACAACAGCAACUUCUGUAGCUUCGUCGAUAUCGUCAUCCUUCUCUUCGACUCCGAUAGGGUUGAUGAAUUCAUCCUCAUCUUCGUUGUCGUUCUAUGGCGCUGGUGGCGGUGGCGGCGAUGAACAAGAACAACAGCAUUCAUCGGAUGCGCAACAGCUGGAACAACAUCAGGCGCUUCACCUAAUACAACAAGAGUCUUCUUAUACAUAUAAUACAACGCAGCAACAACAACAACAACAAGAUGAAUAUGAACUACCGCGGCGACGGAUUCCACUCUCUCCCCGCACCAAGCUUCAAAACUGGGAAGUCUGUCUCAAGCCAAUUUUGAUGAAAUAUCUCCAUGACGAACAGCUUUUAUACUUUUACAAAUUAUAUCACGACCACGAUAUAAAAUCUCCACAGUUGCUG